AUGCCUCAGCCGCAGGGCUACAAAGAGGAGCUGGAGAAGGCAAAUGGCAUGAUACUUUCCAUCAAGGAGGCUCAGUUCCACGGCUCAUCCCACUGCCUUUCUUUGCAUUCUUGGGCGGAGGAACUGGAAGCUGUGCGGCGAGCGACAUGCAGGGAAAUACGCGGGUUGCAGAUGGUGCAAAAUGUCUGCGAGACGCAGCACCAAGAGUUGGUGAAGGAGAGGCAGAG